GUCGCUGGCGAAGUUCCGAGUUUUGAAUUGCGCACGGGUCCUGCAGUGUAAAUUGCUCUCCAGUCUACGGUAACGGUGUCCGGGCUCCCGCCCCUUUGGAAAUGAGCUUGCCCUCACUUCUGUUGGUGCUUGCCGCAGCUACUCCGGUAGUUAGACUCAGUGACGACACCUGUUCCCAGGACUCUUGCCCUCCUACAAUGUCUGUGAACGAGAGGACAUUCAUCGCGGUCAAGCCCGAUGGCGUUCAGAGAAAUCUUGUUGGGAAGAUUAUCGCACGAUUUGAAGAGCGUGGUUACAAGCUCGUUGCUCUGAAGAUGAUGACUGCUUCCAAAGCACAUCUCGAAGUCCACUACCAAGAGUUGAAGGACAAGCCUUUCUUCCCGAAACUCAUAGAGUACAUGAGCUCCGGACCCGUCGUUGCUAUGGUCUGGCAAGGUCUGGAUGUGGUGAAGCAGGGCCGUUCGAUGCUCGGCGCCACCAACCCGCUCGCCUCGGCCCCAGGAACCAUCCGCGACAUGGGUUUACGAGUAGACUAUGACGAGGCAACACCUUGUACUACGGUUGUCUAG